AUGGAGCCAAAAUUAUUAAAUUGGAAUAUUUCGGGUGGUAUGCAAAGAGUAUAUUUGACAAAUCUUAGCGAUGAACGAAGAGCCAUCAAGGUUAAAUGCUCCGACAAUCAUCUGUAUCGGGUCAGUCAUGUUUUCUCCUUUGUUGAGCCAGGUGAAGUACUCGGUAUUGAUAUUGUUCGUCAAAAUGGUAGUGCAAAGCCUGAUAAAAUGAUCUUCCUUUGGACAAAAGCUGAGAAGAAUGACAACAAGGCUUCAAUGUUAUUCAACAAAAUUUCAUCUUAUCCGAUGGUUGUCCUACCUCUUACAGUCAACAAUCUUACAGAAUAA